AUGUCGACUUCUGCCCGCCGCCGUUUGAUGCGCGAUUUCAAGCGUAUGCAGACUGAUCCUCCAGCCGGCGUCUCCGCAUCCCCCGUCGCCGACAAUGUCAUGACUUGGAAUGCCGUGAUUAUCGGUCCUGCAGACACACCUUUCGAAGAUGGAACUUUCCGUCUGGUGAUGCACUUCGAGGAGCAGUACCCAAACAAACCACCUGGUGUCAAAUUCAUCAGCCAGAUGUUCCACCCAAAUGUUUACGGCACUGGCGAGUUGUGUCUUGACAUCCUGCAGAACCGCUGGAGCCCCACCUACGACGUGGCCGCCAUCUUGACCAGCAUCCAGAGUCUGCUCAACGACCCUAAUACCUCCUCGCCUGCAAACGUGGAGGCUUCCAACCUGUACAAGGACAACCGCCGUGAAUAUGUUAAGCGAGUGCGCGAGACAGUGGAAAAGAGCUGGGAAGACUAG